GCGGAGAUAAGUGAAUUGGCCUCACGGGUAGGGGUACCCAUCAUUGCUGAUCAAGUCACGCUCAACAAAGCUAGGGCUAACUUUGCACGAGUUCUUGUGGAGGUUGAUUCUACUAAACCUCCGGUUCUUGAGAUCCCAAUGAUUCAACCGUCCGGGAGAAAAAGGAAACAAUAUGUGAUAUAUGAGACAUAUCCUAACUAUUGUUUCGAAUGCAAAAGAUUUGGACACAAUCCCUUUCUUUGCAAAGUGCUCCACCCGGAAUUGAAGGAGGAGGAAGAAAAACAAAAAAAAAAGAUACUAAGAAGAGCUUAAAACCGAAUGGUGAGGGCCAAAUUGUGGAGAAUGCCGCUGUCCUUAAAGAGCCGGAGGAGGCACCGUUUCAACUAGUGGAGCGAAGGAGAAAGAAAAUACCGGCUGCCACCGAACCUAAGGCACCGGUUGCCACUAAAGCAAAGGAACCCGCUGCCCAAAAGAAGAAACCGAGCAAGGAAUUUGUAUGGAGAGGAAGAAAAAUCCUUAAUGUGCACCAAAUGCAAUCGGAUUAUAUUGUCACGGAUUUUAUUAUUGAAGAAGAUGGUACACAUGUGGCCUUCGUCAAAAAACGUCACCAACUAAAGAGCUAUGUAUCCGUGGCAAGGCUUGCAUUGGAUACGCUUAAGGAGGCUCGUAAUGAUACGUUGGGCAUUAACUUCAUGGACGAAUGCAUGGUGGCACUUCCAGGAGUGAAACGAACCAAGGGAUGGUAUGCUUUUAAUAAAGAAAUUUUUAUUUCUAACGUAGUUGUUUUCUUUGAUCUUAAUGCUAGGCACAAUGUUGAAUUUGCACGAGUUAAGAAGCAAAGGCAAAUGGAAGAGGAAAAAAUAUGUGCGGCCAAGGAGGCUAAGGCGAAAGCUGCGGCAAAGGAGGUUGAGCCGAGGCCUACUAUGCCAAAACCGAAUAAGACUAUGGGAGAACGGGAGGUGUUGAGUGUGUAUGAGAUGGAUGAAGAGGACGUUGUAACUAUGAUGUUCUUUCAUGAAGAUGAAGAAAGGACCGUGUACGUCGCAAAAAAGGAGAACAUCCCUUUCAGCCAUCAAGUGUGUAGAGUUGGUCCAGAUUUCAAGAAGGCCGAUUGGGAUAGUCCCGGGAUGAACUUCACGCAUAAAUGCCUACGUUCACUUCCAGGAGUCAAAAUUGCAGGACCAUGGUUUGCUUUCAACACUUCAAUCUUUAUUCCUAAAGUUGUUGCUUUUUUUGAUGAAAAUAGCAUAGAAAACUUGGAGCAUCACAAAAGGAUGAUGACGCGG